AUGGCUCCGGCGAUUAAAGCCCCUCUCUUGCCGAACCUAGAGCCUUCUUCGUCAUCACCAUCGGAGGAGAAACAUGGCUCAUUCGCCGGAGCUGUGUUCAAUGUCUCGACGAGCAUAGUCGGAGCCGGGAUCAUGUCGAUUCCGGCGGCGUUUAAAGUCCUGGGCGUAAUCCCAUCUCUCUCGAUAAUCGUGAUCAUAGCUUGGCUCUCCAAUGUAUCGGCUGGGUUUCUGAUGAAAUCCACGCUCGCCGGCGAAUCAAAGACUUACGCCGGCGUAAUGAAGGAAUCGUUCGGGAAAUCCGGCUCCGUCGCUGUUCAGAUUAUCACAAUGGUUGUCACUUUUGGGUCUAUGAUCAUCUUCUCGAUUAUCAUAGGUGAUGUUCUCUCGGGUAAUGAAAACGGCGGAGUUGUACAUUUGGGUCUUCUUCAAGGAUGGUUUGGUUUCCAUUGGUGGAAUACGAGAUUCUUCGGAUUGUUGUUCAUCUUCGUCUUCCUCUUGCUUCCUUUAUCCUUAUGCAGACGCGUAGAUAGAUUAGCAUUUAGCUCUGCAAUCUCGUUUCUGCUUGCGUUGCUCUUUGUUGUGAUAAGCUCUGCGCUAGCGAUCAUCGCACUCGUGCAAGGGAAAACAAAGAAUCCAAGACUGUUCCCAGAGCUCAACAAUGGAGGAGAGUCAUUCUUCAAUCUCUUCAUCUCUUCACUGCUUCCCCUGUUAUUGUCACUGCCUUCACCUUCCAUUUCAAUCUCCAUCCAGUAG